AUGAAAUCUCCGCCCGUGGCAGUACUGCUACUGCUGCUGUCCAGCAUGAGCCACGCUCUCGAGCAACAGCCGCAAUGUGGUCUCUGGAUGGCCGCUUCUACGUUGGGCGAUGCGACCAAUUUGGGCAUGUACGCCGGCCAAGACAUUGAAAAGGGCGUCGACAUUCAAAAUGAAAUUGCCAUUCCAUUGCUCUUUCGCAAUUGGGAUGCACCCGAUUAUCACGAUACGGACGAUGGACAGCUGUGGGAUCGGUACAUUUGGGAGGGUGAAGUCGCCAACGUGGAAACAUACGACAAUUCGGAUCUCCAACAAACCAAGGCUGUCUUUGUACCGGGCAUUGGUUGCACCAUCAACUCGGUCUUGGACAUGAACAAUGUCGAGUCCACCCAUGGCUCGACGUAUGACACGGCCGGAUUGCAUCGUAGCAAAGAUCCCGGCAGUGGCGCCUUUACACCCUACUAUGGCACUCACACGGUCAGUACCCGAGACAUUUCCGCCGGAAGUGAAAUUUAUGCCGCAUACGGCGAUCAAUGGAUUCCCGACAUUCCCGGUGCUCAAGUCACUUUUCACAAGAAUCUCGAAGCGGCCGAAGAAUUUUUGAGAGAUGACUAUUACCGAUUUGUCAAGUCUCAAAAAGAUCCAUUGCCCGCACAUGUCAAGGAAGGACUCUGGAACUUUACCCGCGAUUUUCCCGUUCAUCAAAAUCAAAUCUUUACCGUCUUGCCCCGCAAUGUGCCCUGGAGUGAAAUCGAAACCGUCCUCGAACAAAAACUACAAGAAGAAGCCGAUGUGCCGUACAAUACGGAAUACGAGAGUGACGACGAAGCCGAUACGGGGCCCACACUGUUUGCUCCAGACAAUAUGGUGACGCACCAUUUUAUUCGACAACAAUCCAAACGCGACGUCCAGUGGCUUCAAGAGCAUGGUCGUUGUUGCGAUCACAUUCGAGCCGACAAGUCGACCAUUCCGCAAGCGGGACGGGGAGCCUUUGCCACUCGUGAUUUACCAAAGGGGACCAUUGUGGGAUAUUCGCCACUCAUUCCCGUCGCAUUGGAAGGAGAACAAGUCUACAAUAUUCCCUAUGGCAGUAAGGAUCCCAACUAUGAGCCCUUUAUGGAUGAAAAUGGCAAGGAAGUGGUCGAAGAGGGAUACGAAAUGAAAGAUUUGGUCAUUAAUUACUCGUUUGGCCACAAGGACUCUACCAUGAUGCUGACACCCUACGGGAGUAUGAUCAAUUACAUUAAUCAUGGAGCCGGCGACAAGGCCAAUGUCAAGGUGGUUUGGCCCAGUCACGAAAUGGUGGCACACAAACCCGAAUGGCUGACACGCAAUGUCACCACCAUUCGGUACACUUUGGACAAGAUUGGACUGUCUUUUGAUUAUGUCGCACUACGAGAUAUCAAGGAAGGUGAAGAGAUUCUCAUGGAUUAUGGCCCCGAGUGGGAGGCUGCAUGGCGAAAACACGUUAUUGAUUGGGAACCACUCGCUCAUUCGGAGGAGUACGUUCAUUCUUCUGAAUGGCCCCAUGACGAACCACUUCGCACAGAAGCGGAACAGGAAACAAACCCUUACCCCGACAAUCUCGAAACCAUGUGCGUGGAAUCCUACAUGAAGGACCCACGGACCAUGGCAUACAAGUGGAUCCCCGUGCUGCGGAAAUCCUAUUUCCGAGUGGCAUGUACCGUCUUGGAGCGACACGAACCCAAAAAGGAAGGCAAACAGCACAGCUAUCGAGUGGAAAUGCUCAUUGGUGUCGACGAAGCCACGGGUGAAGAUCAAACCAUUAUUGUGGAUCGGGUCCCACACAAGUGGAUCUUUUUGACCGACAAGGUCAAAUCCGCCGACUGGCACAUGCCCAAUACCUUUCGCCACACCAUUGCGAUUCCCGAUGAAAUCUUUCCUCCUGCGUGGAAGAAUAAAUUGACGGGAGAAGGCAUGGAUAUUCCACCGCCUAAAAAGAAACCUGCUGCCACCAUGAAACCGAGUACCAUCAGCUCGGGUGCGCCCGCGGGAGCCAAAGCGGCGGGUGCCCCGGCAGGAGCCAGGGCCUCGGCUAAAGAAGAGUUGUAG